AUGGCUCCGUAUGUGCGGCUAUGGGUUGCCCUUGCAUGCGUCCAUGGGAGUGCUGGCCUGCGCUGUGAGUCUCGUUUGGCGGAUGGCAGUUGCUUGUGGCUAUAUUUUCACUUGUAUUAUAGCCCGGUGCUCUAUGCGGACGACACAAGCUCUCAAAAGGCGUUGCUUACAGCCUUUCUGGUUCACUAUCUGAAGAUGAGCAUCCCUGCAUCGAACUUUCUGGGAUUGUUGCAAGUCAACCAGCGGCAUGGCAGGCUGUCUGGAAAGAAGUUCGCAGACCACCUCAGACGAGACUUCGGCAUUCGGCACCUGCGUCUUGUGUUCACUGGCAGAAGCACAAGCAAUCGGGAUCUGGAGCUGUUUGGAUGGUCGCUGCUCCGUGAGCACACCCGAGAUGAAGACUGGAUCAUCAAGGCAGACGUGGACGAGUUCCAUGCCUUCCCACCACUCGCGGGCAUGGUCCAAAACAGCACCUUUGAUGCACAUGCAUACUUCAACGCCCUGAACAAAGCAGGCGUCAAUGUCGUGAACGGUUUUCUCGUGGACCGACUAGCCUCUGAUGCGCGCUUAAGGGUUGUCCGCCCCACCUCUGUGGCAGACGGCAUCAUGGACCAAUUCCCUCUCCUCUGCAGUGUGACAGCGAACUGGAGGCAGUCGGAUGUGCGCAAAGUUGUGGCGUACAAAGCCUUCAUCCGUACCCCCAGUUCGCAUCACCACGCCUACGGCAUAGAUGAGCUUCUCAGCCCUUGCAACAUAACUCGCUCAUGCUUUGGCGCAGACCGUCCUCGGGUGCCCAUCCAGGGGGAAGCAAAGUUUCAGCCAGUUCACCUGCGCGAGUGUGGGCGGAGCGCGCGGCAUUGGUACCACGUGCUCCGGCGGAAGCUCGGCCGCGAGGCCUUCGACCUGAUGCCCUUCAAGACGCACGGGCGUCUGCCCAUCCUGAAGCCCCUGCGGGCCUUCGCGACCUGCUUCCACUUGAAGUGGCACUCGGGUCUUUGGGCCCUGCAAAGUGAAGCCAGCUCCUUCGGGGGGCAUCAUCUGCCUCAGCACUUUUCGGAGAAGGAGUUCCGGGCGUUUGUUUUGAGCUCCUGUCUUCCCCCAAAGGCAUCGGGCGACGCAGCGCUGUCUUCGCAGGAGAUGGCUGUUGUGUUCAAUUACCACGAGGCGGCUGGCAACAACGUGGCUGGCUGGUGGGGUGUGCUGGUGAACCUCCAGGUGAACCACUUCUGCAACGGCCUCUACGACAUGCCGCAUCUGAAGCACAUCACGUCGCCCUUGUAA